AUGCGACAAUGGGCGCAUCAAUCAGAAUUAGCAAAGUUCCUCGAUAGUCAGCGACUGCUUGCCCGAACGAGAGCACCUACAACCCCAUCACUUACCGGACUACCACCUCAGCAGCCUGCGUCGGAAGACCUGCAAAUGCUCGAUCAAAUCGUAGCGGCCUUACACAACCUUCGACUGCGGAUAUCCAGCUACACAGAGCUUGUCGAAUAUGUGGAUGAAGCACUUGAGUAUGUUGAGCAACUACAACAGGACUAUCCACUGCACGGUCCUGUCGAAUGUUUCGAGCGACUAUUACAGUUUCGAUCUAUGAUAUUCUGGAUACCUACGGUCAUUCUUCGACCUGAAGAACUGGAUCUAGGUGCUUUAGCGGUCAUGGCUCAUCUUUACUCGUUGGCCCUUGUGCUAGAACCACUAUUUGCAGAAUGUGGUGGUGUAUAUCUGGGAAACAUAUCACUUGACCCACUCGAGAAGGUCUGUCAAACAAUUCAAGCCAGAAGUGCAGCGGCACCACAAGAUACAAGUGUGCAGACUGCGCUCUCCAUGUUAGAUGUGCCCAUACAGAUUGCGCAUAACUAUCGCGCAAGUCGUCGGGUAAUAACGAGUCCGACAAUUCCAUAUCCAUAUGUACCUCGCUCGACUGCGUCCCAGGGCAGUUACGACGCUCAGCCUUACGCUUUAUCUUCACCUUCAGAUCUUUCUCGACACGCUGCAUAUCCAGGAUCUACUCUACAGAGCCCGAUCAUGCUCCACAAUGCCUAUCCUAUCGGCAGUUUUCAGAACAACACUCCUGUUCGACACAACUCACUACCAAUCCGAACACAAUCAGACCCUAGACUCAACAUGGGUUCACCACUACAGACUCUCUCAUCGCAACAAAACCAUCCCGGAAACCCGGCCGGCGGUACAUCGAAUUACUCUGUCAUGCCCAGCUACGGCAGCAUGCAUGACUACUCGAACCGGUUCGUUCCGCCUCCUCUUUCUUCUCAAGUCUGGACUUGA